AUGGUAGAAACAAAGGUCGUGAAGAAGAGAAAGAAAGUGAACAAAGCCUGUGUAUUCUGCAGAAGAUCGCAUAUGGUUUGUGAUGAACAAAGGCCGUGUAGUAGAUGUGUUAAACGUUCGAUAGGCCAUUUGUGCCGGGAUGAAGAUCCUGAAGGAGCUCUCCCUGGUACUGUAGAGCACUCCAGUAGCAGUGGAUUGGAGUUGAGGGUACCCAAGGUUGAUGUUGAUAAUACUGCAGGUCUAGUUGAUUCAUCAAGGGUGAGUCUUUCUGCCCCGCAUCAAUUACCGACAGCACAUGAUCAUAACCAUGACCGAAGUCUCGAUCACCAACGUGAGGUGCAACAAGCACAACAGCAGCAGCACCAACAUCAUUUGGAUAUCCAACCGAUUCCUGCACAUUUAGCCCAGGUCAUGCCUGAGCACCAGGGUUCUCAUAAUCCGAGUCAUACAGCCCAUGGCAAUACUACUACUGCGGGCCCAGCAGCUGUAGUACACCCUGCGCAUGAGGGAGUACCUUCUAUCAAUAAUACUACUGGUAAUAAUCUAAACUCUGUACAUGGAUCGAAUAUGCAUCACGCACUGUCUGGUACUUCGUUAGGUCGGAUCUCAUCAUUAAAUCAGCCACUUUUCCUUUCUGAGCACAUCGGUUCGGAGUUCAGUUCAUUGAAUGAGUUCUUGACAAUGCUUGAGGACCCUAUGCUAAUAGAGCCUGGAACCCCCAUACAGCAUCAUAUGAAUGCUCAGAUAACAGCUGCUGACCACCCGGCGCAAGCAACCGACCAACCCGAAUAUCACUCUCAGCAGCCACUUGUAGCACAUGAAGUUACCACGCAGCCCAACAAUAUGAACAAUUCGCAACAUCCAAUGCACACACAAAUGCAAUCACCAGUGCACAGCAACGUGCAAAAUGCAGGAGGAAUGUCACCGCCUCUUCUGCCCGAUGAUCAACAACCGACCCCAAAGGAAAAUUUCUUCCUUACUGCUGCAGAUCCGUCCACAGAAAUUAAUCCAGAAGACAGACUUAAACUAGUCAUCAAUGCUAAGUUAGAGGCUGGUCUACUACAGCCGUAUAACUACGCCAAGGGAUAUUCGCGGUUACAAAAAUUUAUGGACAAAUAUAUGAAUCAAUCAUCUAAGCAAAGAAUCUUAAAGCCUCUAUCUAUAAUUCGUCCAGCUUUCCGUGCUAUCGCUAGAUCAUUGAAGGAUGUGGAUCUUGUGUUGGUAGAAGAAAGUUUUGAAAGAAUGCUACUUUCAUAUGACCGUGUUUUCACAUCCAUGUCCAUGCCAGCAUGUUUAUGGAGACGUACUGGUGAAAUAUACCGUGGUAAUAAGGAAUUUGCAUCGUUAGUGGAUUGUAAAGUCGACGAGCUUCGUGAUGGUAAGCUUGCUAUUUAUGAGUUGAUGAGCGAAGAGAGUGCUGUCAACUUUUGGGAGAAAUACGGGUCAAUUGCCUUUGAUAAGGGACAAAAAGCAGUUUUGACCAGCUGUAAUUUAAGAACAAGAGAUGGCAGACAAAGAAGGCCGUGCUGUUUUAGUUUUACGAUAAGGAGAGACAGAUACAAUAUUCCUAUCUGCAUAGUAGGUAACUUCAUACCUAUAUCAUGA